AUGGCCGAAUCAGAACCUCAGGAAGGAAACUAUGAUAACAUGGUAAAGAUGGUGGAGGACCCGAAUAGGGACUUAGAAAAACUUCUGGAGGAAAUGGAAAAACUAACAGUGCAGGCAGCCUGGAUGGCAUAUGACAUGGUAGUUAUACGUACCAACCCAGACCUGGCCAACUCCAUGAGGCGUUUGGAAGAUGCCUUCCUGAGUUGCAAAGAAGAGAUGGAGAAGAAAUGGCAAGAGGUGCUAAUGGAAUCUAAAGGUGAAGAGCAAAAAAAGGAAUAAAUUGAAUUCAGUCGUGCUGGCAGAACUCCAUCCCUUGGAAAAUCACUCCAGUCUUUUUGUUUUCCAGCCAUGGAGGUUUCACAGACACCGUGGAAAAUGGAUUGGCUUUCAUCUUGCUAAGAACUACUUACGUAUAUACAUCUGUGGAAGUAUU